AACACACAAGUUAACAAGACGAACACGGUGGAGAGUUGUGAGUGCUGCAGAAAGAAGUCAUAGUCUUAAUCCCACAGAUUUAAAACUGGAGAUUUUAUCUACAAAGGCAGCUCAGUUUAUGUUAAACUUAUCUCUGUUUGGCUCUUCUACAUAAUAUCUUGGCUGUGUUCUUUUGGGUUGGCCCGUACUCAUUCGUUUGCUUAUUUAUCCAGUGACACCACAGUCCCACACAGGAUGCACAAAAAUGGGCAUGAGGGAGUUAAUGUCUUCCGUAAAAAUGCUCCAUAUGAUAUCCUUUCUACAUUUAACGUGAUCCCAUGUGGCCGAUCAUCUCUGCCUCUGCCCCUGCUGCCCAUUGGCACAGCAGCCGGAGCAGGAGGGCCGCAAAGGGGAGGGCCGAGCGGGCCCCCCUCUCCUCCCUGCAGCUGAAGAUGUGUGCUCCUCUGAGUGGCAACUGUUUGUGAAGGAGCUCAGAGUCCAAAGCCUGAGCGGUCAAGUCUAAUUACCAGGUGUUGCGAGCAGCUCUGGACGUCCGCUGGGCCCUCUCCAUCUGAAGAAGAACCUCUUGUGGCUCUGUCAAGCGUGGAGGACCAGAAAGAGAGAGAGAGAGGGAGAGAGAUGGACACGUGCGCCUGCGCUUUGGAGCUGCUGGGGAUGCUGGUGUUUCUGGGAGCGUGGCUGUGCGCCUUAGCCACCACUAUCUCGCCGCAGUGGCUGACCAUGUCCACCGCCCUGCUGCCGGUGGAGAGCUACGAGCUGGGCCUGUGGGAGACGUGCGUGGUCCAGGACGUCGGGGGCAUGGAGUGCAGAGCUUAUGACAGCCUGCUGGGUCUUUCCAGUGACCUCAAGCUGGCCCGCAUCCUCAUGUGCGCCUCCCUUGCUGUGGGGAUGCUGGGAAUGCUGGUGGCCAUACCUGGACUCUACCUGGUGAACAGCUGUCACGGAGGCUUUCGCACCAAGAGGACUUUGACCAUCGUGGGAGGGGUGCUGGGGAUGAUUUCUGGAGUGCUGUGUCUGAUCCCCGUGUCCUACAUGGCCCACCUAGCCGUGAUUCACUUCUUUGACGAUAAAGUACCUGAUGUUGUGCCACGGUGGGAGUUUGGCGAUGCCCUGUUCUGCGGCUGGGCCGGAGGAUUUCUUCUCAUAGUGGCCGGGCUCCUGCUGGUCACCUCCUGCUUGUGCUCACAGGUGGAGCCUCAGCCUGUGCUGCAGCGGAGAUACCAGGUCAUGAGCACAGACGUGUCCUUCAGGAAGCGCUCAGAGUACGUUUAAGGGACCGAUCAUGAAAUAAUUACCUGCAUAUAGACUGACAGCACAACACAAUCACAUGUAGAAUUGCACUGCGAACUGCUUUAAAAUAAUGAUGUAAAUAUGCGGUUUUAUAUCAAAGACGACAUCCUGUGUCUAGGUUGCUCCGUCAUUCACAGAUCUUGUACAACGGUGAAAACGAGACAGCGCAGAAACACACCGAACCCUCAGUUAGUUUGUGUUGCAACUGUUUUUACAUGAUUCAACUGCACAAUCCAACAUUUCAAUUUAAAGGGGCACUAUGUAGUUUUUCCCCCCCUCCAUGACUGAAUAAACAAGCUGUUCUCAGAGGAAACUAAGGUCCCGGGAACACUGUUUGAAGCUAGAAAGGUGGCAGUGUCCGCCAAGUUGUGUCCUCCUUUCAGAUCAGUUUGUUUAUUCAGUUUAUUCAGUCAUGAAAACAAAAACAGUUCAUUUAGUUUGUUUAGUCAGAAAUAAAUCAGUCAGUGAAGAAUCUUUCUCUUCUGAUUAAAAUGUAUUCCUCAAAACUACAUAGUGCACAUUUUAAGAAACCAGCUGUGACCAGUAGAAAUGAAUAUUUUUUUUAAAGAGAUGUUUUAUAAAAAUGCUUUAUAUUCUGUUUUCUGGGGUGACUUCAGAAUCUUUCUUUCAUCAGUACAGAUAAGAAGAAAAAAAACACUGUUUUGGAGUCUGUUUUUACGUUAGCUUUUACAAUGCUGUGAUUGUAAGUUAUUCUUGAGACUAAAGCAUAGAAAGCACAAGCUAUUGUGUGCCUGAUUAUGUUUACUCCUGUGCUGUAUUGUGCAGCACAUCCAGAUGAUUCACAUAAAGAAUUAUAUUGAAA